AUGGAUACAAAUAGUGAAUCAACAUCAACUCCUCAAUAUGAGACAACAAUAUUCACUUUAAAACCGAACAACCUUGGUCCAAACAAAGCAACUUUAUUACAUGCCCGAAUAAUGAAAAAAAGUGAUCUAUACAAAGCUGUUCUUUAUUUGCACGAUUACAAUGAUUAUUUCUUUCAUGAUCAUGUAUGUGCUCGAUUUUUGGAUUUUGGUUAUGAUUUUUUUGCACUUGACAUGCGUAAAUGUGGUCGAUCAAUAAUUUCACGUGAACAAGAUCAAUAUAGACAUUAUUUUGAUCUCGUACUCAAUGUUGAGAACAUUCGACGAGCAGCUGGUAUGCUUAGUCAACACGUGACAAUCUGCCCAAUAGAAAAAACAAAUAAUGAUGUAUUUCUAUCGAAAAAACCUGUCCGUGAAAAAGCAUUCAAUUGCAUGUUUCAAUGGCUCGAAAAUCUUGAACGUGAAUGGGUUAAAAAUAUUUGA